AUGUCGGCCGACUGGGACAGGUACUGCCCCGAGCCGGUGUUCUUCCUUCUGGCAGGACAACGAGCUCGAGACUUGCACGACCGAAGAGUCCAAGGUGAUGACGGAGAGGAGGCUGUCCAGCGACGCGGCGCUCGUCGGCGGUACGAAGAGGUUCCCUGGCGGCGCCGCAAGGAUCUGGGGCUGACGGGAGAGUCCCUCUCGGAUUUCUGCGUCAUCUGCUCGGGCAUCCCUGCGUACUGCAAUAGCGGAAGUGGCCUGCUCCUGCCUGGUGAGACCUGCCAGUCAGAAGUUCCGCAGUCGUCGUGCUUCAGCGGGACCGCGCCUACCUUCACCUGUCCCUCGGAUCACACUGGAAUCGGUGCUGCCUUGCCGAGCAUCUUUUACUACGAGCCUCAGUUCCCGGAGGUCCUGUGCCAGGUCUGCGGCGUCGGCAGCGUUGACGAGGACGCAGACGAGCGUGCAGGAUAUUAUUCCGGCGUUGUGAGCUUCGGCAGGAACAUGAAGGGCGGCGUGAUCGACGAGUCGGAUAUUCAGAUGUACAAGGUGUAUUUCACUGACAGCACGGGGACCAUUGACUACAUGGAUGACGGCGAUGCCUCCGUCGCCACGAUCGCUGUGACGCGGUUCAAUGGAGACAAAACCUGCUGCGACGAGAUGGCGUACCAGGUGCAGCUCCAGAGCGCAAAGUUCACGGUGGGUUUCGCGACCAACAUCAUGGUGGUGUCUGUGGAUAAGUCUGGCUGGGAGAUGCCGGUGGGGAAGACCAUCGAGUUCACAGAUUCUGCUUUCGAAUGCCUCGAUCCCGUCGACAUGCUUGCAGUCCAGGCGGAGUUGAGCGAGUGCCCUGCUGGCAGCCCGGCGCAGCGGCGCGCGGCUGCGGCCGCGCCCGCCGCGCCCGCGGCGCUCUCCCGCCGCAGCGCGCUCCCCUGGGUGACCGCGCCAGUCGCGGCGCGGCCCGUCGCGGCGCACUCCGCGCCCGCCGCGGCGCAGCGCCGGCCCCCGCGCGGCGCGGCGGGCAGCCCCUUGUUGCCGCGGCAGCUCUCGGCCGCUGCCAAGGCCGUGCCUGCCCGUGCGCUGAAUUCCACGGCCUGCGUGGACCAGGACGCCGCAUUCAUUGAGUGGCUGUCGCAGUACUUCGGCGCGGACGCCCCCGAGGGGGUCUCCGACUGCCCGAGUGCCAUCAUUGGCUGCUACUCCGAUGACGUCAACGAGACGGUCUGGGAUUUGUGCUGUGCCACGUGCAGUGCGGCCAACCUCACGUUCUGCGACGCCCACGACGAGUGCGGGGCAGGUACCCUCUGCGGGGACGACGGGCUUUGCCACGCCUGCGAGGAGUGCACGGAGUGCGGACAGGGGAUCGACGGCACAUGCGGCAUGUGCCCGGAGCCAGCAGACGGCCCCUGCGAGGUGGUCAACUCUUCUGGUGUUGCGUGCAAGUCCUGCCCGCUCUUCGAGGGGACGAACUGCGCGGACGUUCCUGCAGGCGAAUACUGCACCCCAACGCUGGGGCAGAACGCAGUCUGCCUGUCGGGCGCGUUCCCGGACUUCUACUGCCCGGCAGACAACGCGGAUGCCGGCAGGAUCCCCGUGAUCUUCACCGCGCUCCCGGACUAUUUGUGCAAGGUCUGCGAGGCCACGCUGGGCGACGACAGCAACUCGGACGCCGGCGUCUUCACCGGCACCCUGACCUUCGGCCCCAACCAGGUCUACGGCCAGGCCUACGAGGCGACCAUCAAGGAGUACCGGGUCUACUUCGUCGAUGCCGCCACGGGGGUGCUCGCCUCGGAGGUGCUGGCCACCGUCGGGGUGGACUCCCUGGCGCCUGUGGACUCGAGCUGCUGCGACGGCGGCAGGUACCAGGUGACGAUUUCCGACGUUUCGCUGCCGAACGACACCGCGAGCUGGCACCUGGCGGUGGUGCCCGUGGAGGACCUCGGAAGCGGCGAGGAACUCGAAAUGGUCACGGGCACCAGCGUGGCGCUCUUCGACCUUACCCCCCCGACGUCCACCAACACGACGAACACGGCCACCACCGCCUCGGUGACCACCACGAGCACCACUCCGAUGAUCACCUACGUCAUCUCGGUCUCGAUGGGGCUGAGUUUCGACGACCCCGAGGCGGCCGUGGCCGAUCCGCAGGUGGCCGAGGGCGUCGAGCUUGGCAUCGCCGUCAGCAGCGGCCUGGGCGCGGAGAACAAGGGCAUGGUCGACGCGACCCUGUCGCUCGCGAGGCGGCGCCUCGGCGCCGCUCCCCGCCGGCUCACCGGCAGCAACGUCGAC